AUGGACUCAGUUAUGAUAGCACUGAAGAAAUUGAAGGUAAAUGGUUAGCUGUAAUAUAUUUUAAUUAAUAUGUAAAAUAUAGUUAUAAAAUAUUUAAUGCAUACUAACUAUUAUUUUAUCAGAUCUUUCCUUGCCAGCUCUUGAUGCCAUCAACACCUCUGCCGAAUGGACUCAGUUAUGAUAGCACUGAAGAAAUUGAAGGUAAAUGGUUAGCUGUAAUAUAUUUUAAUAUGUAAAACAUAGUUAUAGAUUAAUGCAUACUAACUAUUAUUUUAUCAGAUCUUUCCUUGCCAGCUCUUGAUGCAUCAACACCUCUGCCAAAUGGACUCAGUUAUGAUAGCACUGAAGAAAUUGAAGGUAAAUGGUUAGCUGUAAUAUAUUUUGAUAUGUAAAAUAUAGUUAUAAAUUAAUGCAUACUAACUAUUAUUUUAUCAGAUCUUACCUUGCCAGCUCUUGACGCAUCAACACCUAUGCCGAAUGGACUCAGUUAUGAUAGCACUGAAGAAAUUGAAGGUAAUUAUGGUUAGCUGUAAUAUAUCUUAACCAAUUGAGUGACAGCACUCUCCACUUGACAAGUAAAAUCGUCUGGCAUAUAUUAGACAAAGUAAAAUACUAAAGUAGGGUGCCUUGCCACUUACAUGGUUAAUAUGUAAAUUAUAGUAUAAAUUAAUGCAUACUAACUUAUUGUUUUAUCAGGUCUUCCUUGCCAUCUCUUGAUGCACUAAUAAAACACCAAAAAAUAAACUAAUAAAACAUCUAUUUACACCAGGUUGUAUUUGGGAACCCAGAAGGCAAAAGGUGUAUUUGGAAAAUUUACCAUAUGAUGACUUUGACAAAGGUAUAGUUAAACUGGUAAACUUGUAGAGUAUACAAAAUGAGAGAUAAUCAACUAACCAUAUACAGUACGGUAGAUUAGAAAACGAUAAUAAACAAAUUUAUUUUGAUGUUGUAGAUCCUCCCCGCCCAUUAGACUGCAACAACACUGUGUCAGCAAAAUCAUCUAGUGUUGACAAAGGUAAGCAACAGUUAUACAUGUUUGGACAAAUGAACUAGAUAACUUAUUAACUCUUAAAAUGCAUUUAAUCCAGGUCCUAAUUUCCCUUCAUUGAUGCCCAGCAGACAAGAGGUGCAUUUGGAAAAUGUGGCAUAUGAUUUUGACACAGGUACAGUUCAAUUAGUACAUUUUGUACCUGCUCCCUUUACCAAUCGGAACCAAAGACCUAUACAUAAUUAACAAUAUUAAAAACCACACUACCACAGAUAAUCAUAAACAAACUUGAUUUUGUAGAUCCUCCUCACCCACUAGAUGUACAUAUUCAUUGCACCGACAAUGCCCAUACAUCUGCAACAACAUCUAGGGUUGAUGAAGGUAUGCUAAUUAUUUAUUUUACUCUGACUACAACGGUUCACCAUGGACAAACACACCAAUUCUCACUUAUGUAUACUAGAUACCAUGCAUUCUCCUGCUCCACAAAGGCAUAAUAACAUCAAUACUCAGACGAAAACCAAAACAACAUCACCCACAAAGAAAUAUCGCACUUUGUUGGCAAGACAACGAAAAAGGGUUCAACGUCUGAGACAAGCCUUAAACAAGAAAAAGAAGAGAGACAUAAGCAGGAAAGCAGCUUUGGAGGUAUUACAAACUGUGCUUCCAGAAAGAAUUGUCAAAUUCAUUGAAGUCCAAAUGCACCUACACACCAGAAAAAACGGGGGGAAACGAUACACACCAGAAAUGAAAUCUUUUGCCAUAUCACUCUACCAUGUGAGUGGUAAGGCAUAUAGACUAGUUUCAAAAUUUUUUAACCUACCUUCAAAAAGCAGUCUUCUGAGAUGGGUAUCUGGGUUACCAAUAUCUCCAGGGAUAUCACAAAAAGCAUUGGAUGCUAUUGAAAGCAAGGUAAAAUGCAUGAGUGAUGCUGGCAAGCUAUGCACAAUUUCCAUGGAUGAAAUAUCCCUGAAAACAUCACUCAUGUAUGACUCCAGAAGAAAUGAGGUUGUUGGUGUCGAAGAUUUUGGAAACGGCCAUCGAACCAAUCGCCUGGCAACAGCUGCUGUCGUAUUCAUGGCCCGUGGUAUAACAUCCAAUUGGAAACAGCCCCUUGGAUACUAUUUAGUCCACGAGUCUUGUCCAAGCAGCAUCCUAAAAACAAAAUUGUUUGAGAUAAUUGGCCAAAUUACAUCGAUUGGUCUCAAAGUACAUGCUAUCAUAUCUGACCUUGGUUCUAAUUUUCAGAAACGUCUAAGGGAAAUGAACAUCACACCAACAGCACCAUGGUUUAUGUACAAUGGCAGAAAGAUUUUCUAUUUGUUCGACCCCCCCGCACCUAAUAAAGGCUGUCAGGAACAACUUGAUUAA